UUCUCAAAUCGUUUUCCUGGAGUCUGGGAGUCCAGGCCGAGCGAGGGCAAGUUUGCAGCGCCCGAGGGGCAGCGACCCGAGCCGGCUCACGCCGGACGAGGGAAGGGACCCACAGCACAGACGGUACCGAAGGGGCUCUGAAGAACCGUGAGCGGAAUUGCGUUCAUUGUGUCAGGUGGAAGGAAAGAGUGCUGUUUUCAAAAAAUGGAGGAAAAUAUGAAAUUUGCUACUGUGGAAGACACUGUGGAGUACUGCCUAUUCCUGAUACCAGAUGAACCAAGGGAUCCAGAAAAACACAGAGAGAUUCUUCAGAAGUACAUCGAAAGAAUUAUGACCCGGUUUGCACCUAUGCUUGUCACCUACAUCUGGCAGAAUCAGCCUUUUAAUCUCAGAUAUAAACCUGGGAAAGGAAAUGUUCCUGCUCAUAUGUUUGGUGUGACAAAGUUUGGGGAUAACAUUGAGGAUGAAUGGUUUAUUGUUUAUUUAAUAAAGCAGAUUACAAAGGAAUUUCCAGAACUAGUAGCAAGGAUUGAAGACAACGAUGGUGAGUUCUUGUUAAUAGAAGCUGCGGACUUCCUCCCUAAAUGGUUAGAUCCUGAUAACAGUGCCAAUAGGGUGUUUUUCUGCCAAGGAGAAUUAUGUAUUAUUCCUGCACCAAGGAAACCUAGAGCAGAACCCUGGGUAUCUGCCACACCACCAACAAUCCCACAGGCACUGGAUAUAAUCUCAACACAUCUGGAAAAAGUGGUGGCCUCUGAAGCCAUACAAGCUGCUAUAAAUAGACGCAUCAGAGGGUACCCAGGGAAGCUGGAAGCCUCCCUGCACCGAGCGCACUGCUUCCUCCCAGCGGGCAUUGCAGCAGUGCUGAGGCAGCGCCCCAGGCUGGUGGCUGCGGCAGUCCAAGCCUUCUACCUACGGGACCCCAUUGAUCUGCGAGCCUGUCGGGUUUUUAAGACCUUCUUACCUGAAACCCGAGUAAUGACAUCGGUCACUUUCACAAAAUGUCUGUAUGCACAGUUGGUACAACAAAGGUUUCUGCCUGACCGGCGGAGCGGGUACACACUGCCUCCUCCAUCUCAUCCCCAAUACCGAGCCCAUGAAUUGGGCAUGAAGUUGGCUCAUGGAUUUGAGAUCUUAUGCUCCAAAUGUAGUCCACAUUUUUCCGACUCCAAAAAGGCCUUCAUGACUACCUCCCCACUGUGGGCCAGCUUCCUUGAAAGUCUGAAAAAGAAUGAUUACUUUAAGGAAUUGAUUGAAGGUUCUACUAAGUACCAGGAAAGACUUGAAAUGGCAAAGAACUACUUCCAGCUGUCAGUAAACAGGCCGGAAAGCUCCCUUGCCAUGAGUCCAGGUGAAGAGAUCUUAAGCUUAUUACAGACGAUACCAUUUGAAAUAGAGGAGCUUAGGAAAGAAGAGGCUAACCUUCCCCCAGAGGAUGAUGAUAAAUGGUUAGAUCUCUCACCAGAUCAGUUGGAUCAGCUACUGCAGGAAGCCAGUGGCAAAAAAGAACCACAGGUUGUUUCCAAGGAGGAAGAGGAGCAGAACUAUGACUUGAAUCAAGUGUCACAGAGCAUGAGAGCUUUCAUAUCCAAAGUCUCAACCCACAAGGGAGCAGAGCUGCCUCGAAAACCUUGUGAGGCUCCAGUCACUUUUGAUGAAGAGUCUUUUCUUAAUUAUUUUGAUAAGAUCUUAGGACCAAGGCCUCCUGAGUCAGACUCUGAUGAUCUGGAGGAGGAAGAUGAGGAAUGUUUAGACAGCGACGACAACACGGACCUUGGGCUGCAGGGCUCUGGGGAAGAGGCCUCUCUGAAAGGGACGCUGGAUAAUCUCAGGUUAUACAUGGCGCAGAUGGAUCGGGAACUGGCUCACACCAACAUUGGCAAAAGCUUCACCACCCGGAAACAAGCAGAGCCUUCAUCCCAAACUAAUAACAACUCAGACGAGGAAGAUUCUGGUGCAGGCGAAUCAGUCAUGACUCCAGUGGAUGUGGACCUGAAUCUGGUUUCCAACAUCCUGGAAUCCUACAGCUCCCAGGCAGGACUGGCAGGACCUGCUUCCAACCUCUUGCAAAGCAUGGGAGUGCAGCUGCCUGACAACGCCGACCACGGGCGUGCAAGUAAGCCAGCGAAGGACUAACAGCAUCCCCAGCUUCCCUCCCUCCCUUCUUAUUUUUCUUUUAAAAUAAAUAUUGAGUAUAUUCA